AUGCAAACAAGUUCAACUUCAGGUUUAACGACAGUAGCUAGUGCAGCGACUGCAGCUGCAAGUGGUGGUAGUGGUACUGCUGCUACAGCAUCAGUGGUCGGUACAACAGCAACAACAACUUCAAGUCUAUUGUCAUAUCUAAACCCAUUUGCAUAUACGAGUAAUACACUAUUUUAUACAUUCUCUUUGAUCAAGUUUGGAUUCACAUUCUACAUGUUUUACAAGGGCAAGCUACCUGUUUGGUUUGCUCGGUAUUUUGGUAGACUGGUGCACUUUGCGACACUGCCUAUCAUUGUGACGUUACAAUAUGUCGGUUUGCGAGGUCACUUGAUUGACCGUGUCGACGAUCACGUCUGGAUUGGAUCGGCACCGAUGCCAUGGGACGUACCAUUGCUCAAACAAAACCGUAUCGAAGCUGUCGUCAAUAUGUGCGAUGAAUACUAUGGCCCGCUAUCAGUCUAUGAAAAGUUGGGUAUUCGAUCGAUCCGAUUUGACGUUGUCGAUCAUUACGAGCCAUCGGUGGGAGAGAUUGCAUCGGCCAUCCAGUUUAUCGAACAAGCCGUACAAAACAACCAAAACGUCUUGGUACAUUGCAAAGCAGGUCGUGGAAGGAGUGCUGCUGUCUUGAUAUGUUGGAUUGCCUACAGCAAGAACAUGUCACUCGACCACGCACAAAAAUACCUUCAAGAUCAUCGUCCACGUGUUCGUAAAACACUCUAUCGUCAAAAGAAUGUACUUGCUUUCUAUUCAAAAUAUUGUUGUUCAUCAAAUGCAAGAGAUAGUUUAAAUACUGACCUAUAA